AUUUGGGAUUAAACGGGUUAAGGGAAGAUUUAUCACUCAUUUUAAUUGUCUGCAAUCCGUAACUUUUACCUCUAUCGCCAUCUCCUGUGUGAAACAUAAAAUUACCUGAGGAGUUGGUUGUGUUGACUCUACAAUGUGUUAAAAAACAGGAAAUGUGUGCGUUGCAAGCUUGCAAUGAAACUAUAAGCAGGGGGAAGUUGGGGUUUGUAAUUCCGUUCAGCUGUUACAUCUUUUUGGUGAUCACCAGGCUGAGCCUGUAUUGUAUUAUUUGCUGUCUUAUACAAUUCUUUAUUAAAACGAAUUAUUUUUCAUAUCUCUCUCUCUCUCUCUACUGUAUCCACUAUUCCAAUCGGAAAAAAACACGACAAAUCAAGCGGUGGGCCAAAAAAAAUGUUUUUAUCGUUUAGGGUCCCGAAGUGUGCAGUGUCCUUAAUGUGCAGAAACGUUUCCACGGGUCACAUAUGGUGGCAAACUAAAAAGAUAUCUAACAUGGUGGAAGUUCAUAAGAAGCUAAGGAAGGUAGUUGGAGCAUCCACCAAUUGGCAAGACCAUCAGCAGGCACUAGCUGAGCGUACAUCACUAAGCCAAUAUCUUGCUCAAAGUCAGGAUGAAUUGCCUCCCAGAGGAAUGAAAGAUAGUGAAAUUGAGGUUGAUCUUCUUCUGGGUAGCCAGCCUGCCUUGAGAGAGAAAUACCUUAACGCUCAUAACAGUGUCAGGUUUGGUCGGAUUUUGGAGGACCUGGACUCUUUAGCAGUGCUCAUCUGUUACUUUCACACAUGGAAUGAAGAGCUGAAAAAAUCCCCACUGUCUAUUGUCACCGCCCUAGUGGACAAGAUUGACAUGAGAAAACACAUCAUCUACCCAGACCGUAACAUCAAAUUCAAAGGUCAUGUGACAUGGGUUGGGAAAACAUCAAUAGAGACUAAAAUGCAGAUGUGUCAGUACUAUGAUGGGGUGUACACUGAUGUCUUAGAUGCCACAUAUGUUAUGGUGGCCAGAGAUCCCGAAAACAAAAGGGCAGCUUUUGUUAACCCACUGAAACCAGAGGGGCCAGAGGAAGAGGAAAUUUUUCGACUAGGAGAGAUUAACAAGAAAAGACGGGUGGAGCUGAGUACUGCAUCUCUUCUUAAAGUAGCCCCUACAGCUGAGGAGAGAACCUUCAUUCAUGACCUGUUCCUUCAAACUCUAGACCCAAGACGUAUGAAUUUUAAAAGUCGCAUUCUACCACCUAAUUCGAUGUGGAUGGAGGAUGCCAAAAUGAAAGGAUUGGAGAUUUGCCACCCAGAGCAAAGAAAUAUCUUCAACCGGAUAUUUGGUGGUUUUCUGAUGAGAAAGGCCUAUGAACUUGGUCGAUCUAAUGCCUGUGCAUUUGCUGGAUGCAGGCCAACCGUGGUGGCUGUAGAUGACAUCUUAUUUCAGAAGCCAGUAAAAAUCGGUUCCUUACUCAUGCUGUCUUCUCAGGUCUGUUACACAGAAGGUAUGUACGUCCAGGUCAGAGUUCAUUCAGAGGUACUCGACCCUUUGACACGGCUGCACAGCACCACCAACGUGUUUCAUUUCACUUUCCGUCUCGAAAAUGACGUCCCAGCUGUUGUACCACGCAGCUAUGGAGAGUCUAUGCUUUACCUGGAUGGGAAGAGACGCUUUAAAGGGAUAAUGGAGAACCAGAGUGCUGAUAGGGGGACGAGAUUUCUGACCUCAUCAAACCUCAGCAACAUUAACACUAGUUGAAUGCUUAAUGUAUUGUUACAAAGUUUGUUUGUCUCAUUUAUGGUACUGUCCUUCUAUUGUCAGGCUUACUCAUUAAGAACAAUAACAGACCCAGGGUGGCCUAAGAUGAGAUAUAAAGCUAUAAAGAAGGACCUACACGAAACAUCUCAUUUCAAAAUUAAAUGACUUUUAAGUUGUGUGAUGUAGGUUUAGCCCAAGUGAAAUUGACAUGAUGUAUAAUAUUACCAAUCGGAGUACAGUCAGUGAUUUAUGUAAUUUGUAUAUUUAAAUACAUAUUUUUUACCGUAACGUCUUUAAUGUUUACCAUAACAUCUUAUUACUGUAUUUUGUACUGUAUUUUAUUAGCUGUUUAUCUUUGGGUGCUUUUAAUACGUUUAUUUUUAUUUUGUUUUGAAUAAUUAGUUCAUUUAAAGUUCAUAUUCCUUCCAUUUUUGAGAAAGAACAGAGUUUUAAUGUUUAUAAGUGGCAGCAAAUAAUGUGUAAAUAAACACUUUGUUAAG